AUGGGAGUUGUUUUUGUGCUCCUUGUUGUGGUCGCGUUCCGAAGUCCCGACGUCCCUGACCCUGACCCCGAUAAAGACGCCGACGGAGUUAUCGUUGAGCCAGAUUGGGAGCCUGAUGAGGAUGCGGACCUGGUAACAGAUGUGCUCCCAGUUGAGGAAGUAUCGUCGCCAUCCGAAUUCUGGUUCUGGUCUUGUCGGGGGACAAUAAGAGCGUCGACCUUGCUGUCAAGAAACUCCGGCCAGGGCCAGGCCGAAGAACAAGCUACAAAGAAGAGGAGGAGGGAGGAGAGGAGAGAGAAGAGGCCGGAGCCCUUCAUUUCGGACGUUGAAAGAGGCGGUUUCGUCUGUGGUCGUCCGUGGCACUUUAUUCAAUGA